CAGUUAAAGACAGGGAUCACGAUUCUUUUUAAAAUUCUUUUCACGGUGUCUAGGGAGCAUUGCUUAGUCGUCAGGUUCAAAGAGAUUUUUCGAAGUAAUGAACCUUAGCUUGGCGAGUACGUUUCUGCGACAUAAAUGUACGCGAUUUGGGCGAGUAAGAAAGUAAGGGACCAAAGCUCGAAGGCAGAGAAGCACCACUUUUUUAUUGACUUUCAUCUGUCGAAGAGACACAAAUUUAGCGUUUCAUCUGUAACGUUUCCAGUGUGUCAAACGAAGCAAAAACUGGUAAGUUCUCGGUCAUAAUUUUUUGAAUCAAGGGCAACAUUAGCAAUGAUCUGACUUCCAAAAAAUGACACUCAAGUGAGAGACACAUCCAAAACUACAAAGAUAGAUCCAAAUAGUAAAAUAGUUUUAAAAAAAGUUGCGUAAAUGUGUGCCGUUUUGUAAUAAAUGCUGUACAUGAAAAAACAAAAAGUAGAAAGUAAGAUUUAAUUGAAAUAAGGGCGUAUAAAUGUGAAAAUACAUCUUUCAUUUUUUCCAUCGUUUUCUUUGUUCCCGCAAAUUCGAUUAAAUACUGUCCAGCCCGGCAGAGCCUUAAUUCACGGCAAGUGUACCCCACAAAUUUAAUAUAUUCUAUAUCCAGUCGUUUAGCGGAUGAAUUAAACAACGCAAUAUCUUCAUAAUGUACGGUUUCCUCUGUUUAGCAUAGAAUACGCGUGUUACGCUUCACGUUAUGUUCUCAAUCUUCGUUACUCAUGACUUAGCAAGCGAAAUCCACGGUAAAGUAGCCUUCAUCAACAUCGAUCAAACGCGAGUUAAGUACAAAACCCCAACCAUGCCAAAAGAAUACUUGAUAUAAUCCGAUCGUCAGGAGCAAAGCAAUUGACCAGCAGCGGAGAAUAUCAUUGGCUUCAAACGUUCGUUUCUAUCGAUGGUAAAGGUUUUUAGCUCUUCCUAGCUUAGCUAUUUUAUCAUGAAACCCUUCUUUCUGGCUUUUUAAUCUUUGGGAAAUAAACACAUAAGCCUAUUGCAUAUGUUCCUAUAGUUAUUUAUAAUUACUGAUAUUGUUACUGUAAUUUUUUAAUGUGUAAAAUAUUCGGCAAAAUAGAGUCGAAACAUCUCUACUUCAGUAUAGCUUCAUUUCUUUUUUGUUUUAAGAUUUUUCAGAAACAUUUCCGCGUUAAAUUGUUUUCAAAUGAUUAUCAUAAAUGAUUUUCCUUAAUAAGUUCUUUAAUUUUUGGAGGUGCAAUUCGUGAAUAAACAUUUAAAAUUGUAUUUGCUUUAAAAAGUAUACGUGCCUCGUUUUGUCGACGUUUUCUUUACUUUAAUUAGGGCCUAAAAAGGAGAAUUGCUUAGCAGGAAGUCGCUUGUAAUGAACCCUUCUCGCCUGUCAUUUCAUUAAAACAUUCUGACACUUUAACUUGACUCUACGUAAUCCUUCCACUCGCAGAGUGAUUGAUAGAGUCUGACUUGUGAGGUGGUCAGGAGAGUUCUGACUUUUGAGUCGGUGAAAGAAAGGCCUGUUGCAGUGCCACCAUUCAACCAAUACUUUCAUGUAGCUCUAUUUAUUUUUCAGCAUCUUAAGAAGUGAAGUUGGGAAAUUAUGUUGCAUUUUGAUUUUGGUCACUCUUGCACCGAAACAGUUCAAUGUCUCCAUGUUCACCCCAACCGUUUUACGCGCAGCUUUUAUUUACGGUAUUUCUUCGAAUAAAUUCAGUAGGACUUAAAACUGAGCGUUUACCGAACCUUGAAGCGCCCAUUCCCCAUCACCCUCCCUUAAACUAGCAGAUGAGAACCCCUCCCCUCCCCCCUUCCUUUCAAUAAGCGCCCCAUCCCCACCCCUCUCGCCAGUAAGAGUAACCAACAUCAAAUUUCCUCUUUAAAUAUUACCGUUUUAACAAACCUAUGAGAAUGAUCAUUUUUUAUUUUGAAACAAAUUCUCCCCAGCAAAACCACAAGGAAUAUCAGGAAGAGUAUGGAUAAUUUAUACAAUGAUAGGCCUGUCUCGAUUGUGCUGGGAAACUUUUGAGCAACUUUUUGCGGUUCUAGCAACCUCAAGCAAUUUUUUGCCUUUCUGGGCAAUUUUUGAGCAAAAGAUAGGUUUAAAGCAUAUAUAAGUUCGAAAAAGAAAAAACGUUGUAAUUUGUGCGAAUUUCUAUCUCAAGAGGGGAUUGUCAUCUCUUGUAAAUGUUUAUCUACUUUUUGAACACAUAUCCUUUCACUCGACACGUUUCGCAGGCCUAAAAAAUAAUUUAAACCUGCCAAGGAGCACUGAAACGCAGUCAGCACAUGAAUAAACACAAUAAAAUCCUGAAUGUAAGCUUUUUGCUCAACUACAGAGAAAAAGAAUAAUUUCUCUACAACUUCUUUUAAUUGUUGCCGUAAGCAAAGUUUCAAGCUAUUUUCUCUUGUCCGAUGUUAGCAAUUAAUUUUAAGAACGAAAAACUAGAGUCUUAAAUUGACUUUUAUUAUAUUAAAUGUACAGAAAUUUAGUUCGCAAAUUUGAGCAGCAACUUUUUGUAUUUUUGGCAACUUUAUGGCAACCUUUUGGCAUUCCAGUGAGGAACUUCCAGCAUUUUACGGGAUAGGCCUAUACAAUGUUACUGGGGUUUAAAUUAAAGAGUUUAGUACCAUGGGCUCACAAGCAAAGUCACUAACUUCUCGCAUCAUCAAUAUAGUUUCUCUCUAUUACUAAGUCACUAUCUGGAUGUGCUGGCGGCGCUUUUCUCUAUUACAUUUGUAAAGAUUCCUCCAAUUAAGUUUUAUUCGCGGCAAGAAAAACCGUUAAGAAACGUCCCCUCCCUUGAAAACGCGGCCCUCGUUCGACCUCGUUUUGGACCAAAUAACCGCCCAUGAGGUAGUCCCUGAUAUAUACCACAAAUAUUACACACAGACCGAAAACUACUACGCAAAAGUAACUAGAAAAAGAGUCAAUAAAACUAACAAAUUUCCAAUUAAUUAAUUUAUUAUUUUCGCAUUGGUUGGUGUUUGAUAAACAUUGAUGAGAGUGUUUCUUUUUUGUAGAAAUUCUGAACGACCGCAAGCAAAAUGAGCAGGGAAGCCAAUACAACAGGAAAAAAUGGUAAGGAAAGAAGGCGGGAAGGGCCAACAGCCUGAAGUAGUGAAUUGGUGGUAUACCCUAUUUGUACCAGCACCGACUGGUUCUUUUGUGCCUCAUGUUCCACUUAAUCUGAACCUGUAAAAAACGCAAUCGCUCUACCUGAUCUUUGACUAGCCCACCAAAAACGGACCCAGGCAAAUAUCAAGGCUCGUUCGAAAACAGAAGACCAGUGCUCUAUAGACUGAAAACGUAGCUAACGCUGUUGGACCUGACAUCCUCCACGAUUCGUGCAUGUUCUAGUAUUUGCAAUGAUUAAUGUCCUAUAGUAUUUACCAAAGGAAAUGAAAAGGAUAUUGAGUAGUUGGCAAAACGUUAAACCGUUUACAGUAGCAGUUUUGAAUCUCCGGUCUUGAUUCCGGUGACUUCACUUGUGUCAAUUUUUUCCAUCUCAUUUGAUUUUCCCCAAGUAAACACAAGUCAUUUAGAGAUAUUCAUUAACAGGAUGGAAUUGGGUGGCAUUUUUACCAGCCUCUGUAAACCUCUGUCCAUCCCCUUACAACUUCUACAAUAAAGCUACAUUCUAAAAGAGAGGCAGUGAAUAAAAAAGGUUUUAUCGCAUAUUGCAAAUAGUUUUUAUACAACUUUACUGUCCUUUUCAUAGGUACAAACAACACAUUUGUGACGGAACCCUUCUUCGCACAAACGCCGGCCAGCGGUAUUCCACCAGACAUUCAAAUUGGCAUGACGUCAGCUUACGCAGUGAUCUUCACUUUUGCUCUUUUGGGCAACUCGCUGGGUUUGUACGCCAUUUUAAAGAAGACCUCUACAAAUAUAACCAACGUUUUUAUCGCCAACAUGGCCGUCGCAGACUUGCUGUUGACUCUCACUGUGAUGCCUUAUACCGUGGCUUAUUUGUACCGUGGACACGUAUGGAUUGGCGGAAUUAUGGGCGAGAUAACAUGCAGAGCUAUGUUCUACACUAUACCGGUCUCAAUAGCGGCUACUGUCCUGACAAUGAUGGUUAUUUCAUUGGAUCGUUUCUACGCUAUAUAUUAUCCCCUCAGAGAGAACAUCUUUCAAAAGCCGAUAAUUUUGUCCAGCGUUAUAUGGAGCCUAUCAUUGGUGCUGAUGCUCCCAUACGCAUUGUUGUUCCAAGUCAAAUUUGAUCCAGGCCUGAACGCGUAUGUAUGCCUUCAAGUGUGGCCAUGGGCGGACCCCAGUGACAUAACCUACGCUGAAACCUAUCGCGUGCUGAAAUUCUUCCACAUCUCCAAUUUCAUCCUUAUGUACGUAUUGCCCCUAUUGUCGACGAUCACAAUUUACAUCUUGAUUUGUCGUAAAUUAACGCGACGCCAAAUACCCGGGAACGUGACCCAAGGCUUGCGCGCCAUGGCGGAUAACUCUAAACGUAAAGUUGUGCGACUGUUGGUCAUCAUAUGUGUGGUGUUUGCCGUGUGCUGGUUUCCCACGUACGUUAAUCACUACUUUGCCUAUGUCUUGCAGCCUGGUCAAGGCCCCAAGAUACCAUUUAGUGUUCACUUGGUUUUCACCUGGAUAGCCCAUCUAAACAGCGCAAUCAAUCCAUUUCUCUAUAUUCUGCUAAACAAAAAAUUUCGCGUGGCACUAUUUUCCGUACUCCCCGUACCACCAUGCCUUAGCUCUUGGCCAAUAGGAACCUCCGCGGUGACGGCACAAACAGCCCUGGGAAAUAACCCGGGCCGGGGCUGGGUCCAAGGACAGGAAGGUAACAAGGAAUUGGAGCUUACUCCUAAAGAUAACAACAGCAACUGUAUCCAGUCCAGUUGA